AUGAAUCCUUUUGAUAUCGAAGCCUACAAACAAAAACGUGAUAUUGAAGACACUUAUAUUGUCAACCGAUUUAUUCAGCGUCGGAAAAAAAUAGAGGAAGGUAGUGGAUCUCGUAGUAGAAAAUAUUUAAAUAGAGAUCAUGCAGUUGCAAACCAAAGACUCAUUGACGACUAUUUUGCCAAUGAGCCUAUAUAUGACGAUGCAAUGUUUCGUCGUCGGUACCGGAUGCAAAAGCACGUUUUCCUUCGAAUCGUUGGAGACCUUUCAAUUAGUGAUAACUACUUCACCCAACGAGUUGAUGCCGCAAACAAAGAAGGUAUAUCACCGUUAGCAAAAUGUACCACAACAAUGCGUAUGUUAGCAUAUGGUGUCGCAGCAUAUGCGGUCAAUGAAUACAUCAAAAUAGGAGGUACUACAGCAUUGGAGUGCUUACGUAGAUUAUGUAAAGGAAUCAUACGAUUGUAUGAGCAAGUGUACCUGAGAGCACCAAACCAAGAUGACCUUCAAAGAAUACUACAUGUUAGUGAAAUGCGGGGGUUCCCAGGGAUGAUCGGGAGUAUUAACUGCAUGCACUGGGAAUGGAAAAAUUGUCCUAAAGCAUGGGAAGGUCAAUUCACCAGGGGGGAUAAGGGAACCACCACAGUUAUUCUUGAAGCAGUUGCAUCUUAUGAUCUAUGGAUCUGGCAUGCCUUUUUUGGAUGUCCGGGAACGUUGAACGAUAUAAACGUUCUAGACCGGUCACCAGUGUUUGAUGAUGUGGAAUAG